CUUUAAUCUGUACUGGAGAUAAUUGUCACUGUCAAUCAGUGUUAAUAAAUAUUUUAUGCCGGUGGAAAUAUCUUUAUGUGAAACACUUUCACAGUCUCUUGGAUUUAAUAUUUAGAUCUACACAAGAGUUGUAGAGAAUUACUUCCUAGUCCAAACCUCCCGCAGGUCGACUGGUGAUGGUAGCGGGCAGGGUUUGAACCCAGGACCAUCGAUAAAUCUGAACGACAGUCCAUUGCGCAGACUGCACGACCAGGCAGCCAUACUGAUACUGUCUUACAGGCUGUGUAACUAAUAAAUUCAUUCUAAUCUAUCUUCAAGUUACUGCUCUGCUAAGCUAUAUAUAAACAGGGACUACCAAUAACCAUGAUGCUGUACACAUGUUGUCAUUAUGCCUGAAAACUUCAGAAGACCAAAAAUUCAACAAGGGGGAGGUAAUGAAACUAAAGUUGCACCAGUUCCAAGCCAGUCCUUAGAUUUAACCAAUUUAACUGAACAAGAGGAGAAAAUAAUUCAGAAUGUCAUUCAGAAAGAUGAACUUGAAAGAAGUAUUGUUGAAGCCAAGAUUAGUGAGAUCAGAAAAGAGAUUCAAGAACUUCGUAAAGCUGGUGCUUUGACCUCCGGUGAUGAUCAGGACACAAUAUGUGCCAGGUGCAAGUACAAGUUUCCUUCCUUUGUAUUUCCCCUUGGAGACCAUGGCCAGCGAUGCACCACUUGUAAGUUUAGGGUGUGCAAGAAGUGCAGCACCCGAGAACCAAGUGGGAUGUGGUUGUGUGUUUUGUGUUUGAAGUACAGACAAGAGAAAUGGUUGACAGGAGAGUGGCUGUCAAAAGGUCAGUCUUUUGGUCUACAGGGUUCAGAUCUGCUCCGGGUUUCAUUACGGAAUCGAAGACAGAUCAGGAAAGAGUACGAAGAUGUGGACCAGGUUACUUACAUCCAGCGGCCAGCCAUUAUCAAAGAAGUGGACUCCGACUCUCGGACAUCCAAAAACUCAAUGUCCAGCAAUGAGCAACUAGAUUCUAGAAAAGGAAAAUCACUUCCAGCUUCAAAAAAAACUGGCCACCGUAAACUUCAAGCAGCACAAUCAUCAGAAAAUUUAGAAAAAGGUAAUGAUGGGAAAGGUAAGAGGUUAAAAGAAAGUGAAGACAAAUCCAGCAAUCGUCGUGACUCUUACACUGUGGCACAAGAAAGCCAGAGGACCCCAGUUUUGGCCUCUGCAGGUAACUCCAAUAAUGAGAGGUUUCGAUCUUUAAGGAGGUCAAGAAUUACUAAGCCAGGGCAUGCAAGUAGUCUGAGUAAAACUAUGGAUGUACAACGCUGUGACUCGUCCUCUUCUGCUUGUAUUAACUCUGCUUCUACUAGUACUAACAAUGGGUCUAAGCCUGAACUAGCUCAUAAAGCAGACACUGGUAUAACAAAGGAGGAACCCAUUCUUGAGAGACCGCCCCGAAAGGCAAGAACUUUGCCUACACUAAGCUCUAUUCAGCAAAGUAAGAAAUAUAUAACAGACAAUGUUGAUGAAAAGCUCUCUACACUAUCCUAUCAAAACUCUGGACCAAUUGUUCAAGUGGAACAGAAUGAGCCAGGCCUGAAGAAACCCCUACAGAGCAGUGACAGCUUUGAAGACAUGUACAACACUAAUGUAAACAGGCUGGUAGAUCUGAUGAAUGGUGGGGAGAAAGCUUCUACAACAAGCCUAACCAAGCCAGCAAGGACCAAGAAAAGACGAGAUCUUCCCCAAGCAGCUGCUGGUAAGGAACAACAAUGUUUGCUUCAGAAAACUUUUUCUCUUUCUGAAGAGGUGGCAGAGAACUCAAAUUAUCAGAGUUUUGACGAUGUAGGGUAUGCUACUCAAGUUGAGCAGGUAACUGGAUUAUCUCAAAUUAAUGUUAAUGGGAGUAUUAAACAGAGUCAGGAAAAAAUGCCCAAUGGACCAGCCUUGUCUAAUGUUUCAGGAUCUAAAGAUUUUCUUUACAACAGCCAGAUGAAAACUGUAAAGUCAUCCAAUGUAAAAGUCAUUGGUAGCUCAAAACUUCAAGAAAUCAGAGACAGCUUUAAAGAAUCUGUCAUGAAACCUAGAACCAGCAUAUCACCGGAACUCAUAAAAAAGCCACCUCACCACAGGAUACCAUCAGAUGUUUCUGACAGUGUGAGUUCUACCACAGACACAUCAGAUCAGUUUGGAGAAGCUGACUCACUAGCUGAUGAAAGUGGUGCCUGCAGCGACAGCACAAUGGCAGAGCAAAAUUUGGAUGACAGCUUCCUUGCUGAGGAUGAGAGACCAUCACAUUCUUCUCCAGCUGAUUGCUCAUCAAACCUGACAAGUUAUGAAAGCUCUCAAGCAAUUAGCUUUAAUGUUCUGCCAGAAUCUGAAAGGUCAUAUAGUCAGGGGGACAAGGAAGAUUCCAGUGGCAGACACUCCUCACACAGCAACUCCCAGUUCCCAUCCAAUGGACUAACUUAUGAUGAGAGUCUGAAGAGACCUAUAGCUCCCAUUAGGAAGAGGCCAAAAAGAGUUUCUUUUAAAGAAAAAUCUGGAGUGCAGCUUGAGAAUGACAACAUCUCACUCAAGAGUACUGAAAACAAUGAAAUAAAUGCUGUUGCUCUCCAGACAGACACCAACAAGUGUGUGCAAUCAAAGGAAACUUUGCUGACUGGUAUCAUACACAAAUCAACAUCAGGUGUUGAAGAACCCAAAAAGGCCACUCUCUUGUUUUUGGCUUACAAUAGGCCGCCAAUAUUGCAGUCCUUUGAUAACCCUGGUACAUUCAGUGACAUACCAGACGCCACAUUUGACCUUGACGGUAUCAGCGAGAAUGAGAGAAACAAUGAGACUGACCUGGACCUUCCUUCUGAGACCAGUGAGUUGGUUAGAGACAAUGAAAGCAUAGCAAGCAGCAGCCACAUCACUAGUAGUCAGGUCACCAGCAGCCAUGUCACCAGCCCCACAAGUAGGACCAGCACCCCUGAGCCUCAGCGACCUCAGCAUCAGGCUAGACCUGCAAGUGACCAGCAACUGGCUGUGCCCACCAUUGCUGUCAGUAACUCCACCAAUGAGCAGCGAGAGCCAGCAGAAGAUGAUGAUCUGGAUGACCUAUUCAGCAAACAUCGGCCACAAUUGUUAGGCAGCCGCAGCAGCCUAGCUGAUAGCAGGGAGAGUAUCUACAGUGUCUACAGUGAUGCAGGGGAAGUAAACUAUGGCAGGAUUCCUGUGACAGGAGAGAUAAUGUUUCAUUUGAUCUACAAUGCCAAGUCCAGUGCUCUAGAGGUCCAUGUGAAACAGUGCCGCGGUCUUGCUCCAGUAGACGCCAAACAUAACAGAUCAGAUCCUUAUGUCAAGACUUACUUGCUACCAGACAAAACAAGAAGCGGCAAACGCAAGACAAAGAUCAAGAAGCAUACACUGAAUCCAACAUUUGAUGAAAUUUUGAAGUAUUCAAUAACAAAAGCAGAACUGGAGUCACGAACUUUGUGGGUGACAGUGUGGCACAAUGAUAGGUUUGGCAGAAAUGACUUCUUAGGGGAAGUUACCAUAUCUUUAGAUUAUUACAGAUUCGAUGAGAGUGAACCCCAGUGGUAUCCUUUACAAGAAAGAGCUGUAGGUCAAGAGUUUCCUAUGACGGCCUACAAGGGUGACCUAUUCAUCUCUCUCAAGUACAUACCAGGGGACAUGGUGGACAACACACCCAAGAAAAAACCCAGCCUGCUGCGUAAGAAAAACAAGGAAAAAGAGAAGCCAGCCUCGACUGGUCAAGGUGAAAUCCAUGUAUUUGUCAAAGAAGCUCAGAAUCUAACAGCUAUGAGAGCUGCAGCCGGCUCCAACCCAUUCUGUAAAGGUUACUUGUUGCCUGAUGUGUCUCACUCCAGUAAACAGAAGACUCCAGCCAUUAAAAAAACUACCAACCCACAGUGGCAGCAUGUCCUGAUCUUUGAAGGUGUUGACCAGUCUCAGCUUUUUCAGCAUGGGUUGGAGUUGACCAUCUGGGAUUAUGAGAAGAUGUCAAGUAAUGAUUUCUUAGGAGGCGUCAGACUAAACCUGGGGCAAGGUACACAUAACGGCAAAUCUGUGGAAUGGAUGGAUGCAAGAGGAGAGGAAGUGGAGGCAUGGCAAAGCAUGAUGGAUCAUCCGAAUGAAUGGGUGGAUGCUCAGUUGCCCUUGAGGGCUUCCAUGGGCAAACAGGUGGUCAAGAAAUAG